AGACAGAGCAUCCUCAGUCCAGGCAGACAGCUGGGGGUCUCCGCGCGCGCCUUUAAGAGCCCGCAGAGCGCACGGACGCCCACAUUUCAAACCCGACCUCACCGCGUAAAGAGCGCGCACAGACGCCAGAGUCUGACUCCUUCACCGCUCCACUCUUUGCACACAUCUCUCUUCCUCUUCUAUUCGUGUUCUCGCUCAGUUGGCUUGGAUCUGGUCGGUCGAGUCCCACACCGCGACUCUAAACGGAUGUAAGGAAGAUUUUCUUGCUCUUUUAGUUGUUUAAGAAGACCCGGCUCCUUCGUCUCUCCCCGCCCGGACACCAACAUGAUGUCCUAUCUGAAGCAGCCGCCGUACACGGUGAACGGGCUCAGCCUUUCCUCCGGGAUGGACCUCCUGCACCCCUCCGUCGGAUACCCAGCAACACCAAGGAAGCAGAGGCGCGAGAGGACGACCUUCACGCGCGCUCAGCUGGACGUGCUCGAGAACCUGUUCGCCAAGACGCGCUACCCCGACAUCUUCAUGCGCGAGGAGGUGGCCCUCAAGAUCAACCUGCCCGAGUCCCGCGUUCAGGUCUGGUUCAAGAACAGACGUGCCAAAUGUCGCCAGCAGGCCCAGCAGUCACAGAGCGGCGCCCAGAGCAAUAAGCCCGCACGGCCGGUCAAGAAGAAGGGCUCCCCCAUCCGGGAGGCCAGCUCGGAGAGUGGGGCCAGCGGCCAGUACACACCACCCUCCAGCACCCCGAUCCCGGCCGUGAGCAGCAGCGCCGCUCCGGUCUCCAUCUGGAGCCCGGCCUCCAUCUCCCCCCUCGCCGACCCGCUCUCCACUUCCUCGUCGUCCUGCAUGCAGCGCUCAUACCCCAUGACCUACAGCCAGGCGUCGGGAUACAACCAGGGCUACACGGGCUCCUCGUCCUACUUCGGGGGCAUGGACUGCGGCUCCUACCUCUCGCCCAUGCACCACCACCAGCUGUCGGCGGCGGGCUCCACCAUGAGUCCAAUGGGAGGCGGCAACGGGGGGCACCUGAACUCGGCGUCGUCCCUCUCCGCCUCGGCGUACGGGGCCUCUGCGGGGCUGGGCUUCGGAGGGCCCGCGGACUGCCUGGACUAUAAGGACCAGACCGCUUCCUGGAAGCUCAACUUCAACGCGGACUGUUUGGAUUACAAAGACCAGUCGUCGUGGAAAUUCCAAGUGUUGUGAGGGUGGAGAAGAGGAAAGAAGGGGAAACAUUUUUCUUGUGACUUGGGGACAUGGAUGUUGAAAGACUUCGAGGCCCCGGAGUCGGGAGUGGGGAGGCCGUCACUGAAGAGUUGGUGGUCCCUUGUUUCUACCUCGGGUCCCGCGCGUAACGAGGUGGACAGCCCCGUCACCUCUCGGGUUAAUUUAUUGAACACUGCUGAACUUUUUGAUUGAUCGAAUACGUGGAACUAAAUAGCCAAUAAAUAACAGCAUGAGAGAGAGAGAGAGAGAGAGAGAGAGAGAGAGAGAGAAAGAGAGAGAGAGAGAGAGAGAGAGAGAGAGAGAGAGAGAGAGAGAGCGAGAGAGAGAGAGCGAGAGCGAGAGCGAGAGCGAGUGUGUGUGUGUGUGUGUGUGUGUGUGUGUGUGUGUGUGUGUGUGUGUGUGUGUGUGUGUGUGUGUGUGUGUGUGUGUGUGUGUGUGUGUGUGUGUGUGUGUGCGUGAGAGAGAGAACUCUGUCGUGAACCCGGAUGCACUAUUUAAUUUAUAAAGUAUGUUUAUAAGACACAGUUACAAAGACAAUCAGUCCCGUGUGCGCUCACACAAGUUUCCCCCUAUGUGUUGUUUUGAUUUCAUUCCUGUUUCGUUUCCUUUUGCUGUGUUAGAAGUUUGAGACUGUGAUACUGUGUGUACAUGUAUGCCUGUUUGCUGAGCUGUGACUUGGAUAGUUUAAUUUUCUAUGUCUCCAAUGUUAAAUGAUAAGUUAUAAUACACACUAUUAGUUGAACUAGAGCAUGCUGGGCGGAGGGAUACACUCCUGUGAGGAGGCCGAGCACACAACAAUAAAUAAAAGAUUUCAAAUGA